AUGGUAUGUGCUGGCGAUAGCAGCUGUUUUAAAUCCAUAUUGGACAGUAAUCCGUACUAUGAAUACAAUAUUCAGGUGAAAAAAUUGGAAUGUAAGAAUCAUCUCUUACGAAAUUAUAUAAACAACAUCCGCGAACCUAACAACAUUAAGGAAGCAGCAGAAGAAAAGAGAGUACGAAAACAGAAAAAUAUAUAUUAUGGUCCAAACUGCCAAAAGCCAGAUUUAGAUACAGUAUCAUUCGAGGCAGCUAGAAACAAUUUUUUAGAAAGUUUACAUCUUUCGCAAUUUGAAACGAAAAAUAUGGAGAGGCUUACUAGAAAUCAAGCCAACAAUGACAUGUGGAUCAACGAACGAAAAAGAGAGUGA